AUGGCCACGAAAAGUCCUCCGAGGAAGCGAAAAGAUCCUGGCGCUCCGGUUUCCCCUCCUCCCCUCAAGAAAGCCGUGAAGAGCACAACUACAACGGUUGCAAGCUUUUUCACGCCAGCCUCCCAGAAGCCAAAAGAUCGAACGGUCUGGUCAGAGCGAGGUCCCUCCGAUGACGUUCCCGCAACACUCUUGGUUGGCCGAUACCAGCCCGAGAAGAAAGACGAGACAGCUCACCAGAAGCGACGGAAGAUUGCCGCAUUUGACCUCGACUCGACCCUCAUUACUACAUCGUCGGGGAAGAAGCAUGCCUCCAACGCAGCAGAUUGGAAGUGGUGGGACAGCCAAGUUCCUGGUCGGCUACGAGAGCUGUAUGAAAAGGAAAACUACCAUGUCGUGAUUCUCUCCAACCAAGCUGGAUUAACGCUGCAUUUCGAUGCAAAUUUCAAAGGACCAAAAGCCAGUGCCCAGAAGCGUGUCGCGGAAUUUAAACAAAAGUGCAAUGCUGUGCUCACAAGUCUCGACCUCCCGACAUCUGUCUAUGCCGCCACAGCAAAAGAUAUCUAUCGAAAACCCAGGAUAGGUAUGUGGAAGGAACUAUGCGAGGACCUUGAAAUCCCCGAGGAAGAGGUGGAUCUAAAAGGAAGCUUCUUCAUCGGCGAUGCAGGCGGUCGAACCGCGGUUCUUGGCAAAGGAGACGGUGGUGCAGCAGCAGCUGUAGCAAAGGAUUUCAGCUGCUCCGACAGGAAUUUUGCACACAACGUCGGCAUCGACUAUUUGACGCCCGAGGAAUUCUUUCUGGGAGAGAAGCCCAGGGACUUUAUUCGAGAGUUUGACCUAGUAAAUUUUGCAUUGUCAGACGAAGAUGGAUCAUCUAUUGCCACCAAAGACCCCGACCUCUUUGAGAGGAAAAAUGACCAGGAUGUUGUCUUGUUCUGCGGCCCUCCAGGAGCUGGGAAAAGUACAUUUUAUUUCAAAUUUCUAAAGCCCCUCGCGUAUGAACGGGUGAACCAAGAUACACUAAAGUCCCGCGACAAAUGCAUCCAAGCUGCCCGAGACCUACUCAAAGAGGGCAAAUCUGUAGCUGUUGACAACACCAACCCCGAUCCCGAUACGCGCGCUUUGUGGAUAGAAGUGGCCAAAAAAGCAGGCGUUCCGAUCCGGUGUGUCUGGUUUUCAACACCGAUAGUGGUCUGUGAGCAUAACGAUGCAGUUCGGGCGAACAACGCCACACUCAAUCCAGAGAAGAGAGAGAUCUUGCCCAAACUGGCCUUCAAUGGAUUUGCAUCGAGGUUCAAAGAGCCAAAGGAAAAAGAGGGCUUUCAAGACGUAACGGAAGUAAAUUUUAAAUUCCGAGGCACAAAGGAGGAAUACGCUCUUUGGGGCCGGUAUUGGAUAUGAACAGCAGCAUUUGGCGAGAUGAUUGCCAUUCGCUGUUGCUUGAUAUGGGUAGUCGCUCCGGACUUGGUCGGAUAAACCGAUUCAUUGUCCUGCCUAACGGCUGCCACGAGUUCGCCGGUGACUCGGAACGAGAAUGACUCGCAUGCUAGAGAAUAAUACCCCAAUUACAUGGUUUCAAUAGUAACCCCCUCUCGGAGAGGGCCCGUGGCAGUCCUCAGACCUA